AUGAGUCAAUCGUCUUCGAGAGUUGAUGUCACUACUAAUAAUGAAGAUUCAGAACGUUCAUGUCCUUCAAGUAAACGACGGUGUCAAUCACCGAAUUCUAGACGAAGUCUUUCAAAUCCAUCGUCCUGUGUUUUUGCUGAUUUAACACCUGAUGAGAUUGACGAAAACAAGGAACAAUGUCAUCAUUGUGGUAAACAAGAGAAACUAUUGAAAACAUUCCAUUGUCCAUCAACGCAUUGCUUUUGUUUGAAUUGUAUUUUCAUCUGGACACAGAAACAUGUUCAAACUAAAACACCACCACGGUGUUUAAUCGUUGAUUGCGCUUAUUCGUUAAAAGUCGAAGAUCUUGACGAUCUACCAAUUGCAAUCAAAGAUCAUCAAGUUCUUCUUAAACUACUUGAAUUAAAACCGCCUACGGAAAAUAAGGAUAGUCGAAUGAAAUGUGGUAAAUGUGAAUUGUACAUCGAUCAACACAAUUUCUACAUCCAUCAAAAUGAAUGUCUCGGGCGUUCCCUAACAAUUCCGUGUGAAAUCUGCUAUUGUCCCGUUUCUAUUGAUGAUUAUGAACAACACAUGAUUAUAUGUAACAAUGAUAAUAAUACGGCAUUGAUACAGUUUUUAGUCAAGCAUUUACAGAAUCCCAACAUUGAUGAGAAAAAUGUUAAAUCAUUUAUAAAUGCAUGGCAACGAAAACAUCGACAGACUAUAGAUGUCUAUGAAAUGAUUGAACAAUUCAAUCAGCCAAUUGUUUUAUCCAAUGAUUUAUGUGACGUGUGCAAAAAUACAGUACCAUCGGAAGAUUUCUACACAAUCAACUGUGAUAAUGGCCAUUCGCUAUGCUUAGGAUGCUAUACACAACAUCUGCAAAGAAAAUUGAACACUAACCAAAUAUUAACCUGUUACAAAUGCAGUUAUCAUUUACAAGAUAGAGAUUUCUUAGAAGUGCGCGCCUUGACGAAUGAACAGAUCAAUCUCUAUCAGAAUUAUCAAAAUCAGAAGGUAAUUGAGUUAUAUACACAAUUGUAUGGUAAUGAAGAUGCAGUAAAUGUCGAUCCAACUCUUGAACAACAAAAUGAAACGGCAACAACAGCAACAGCAACGAAUGAAGAUGAUAUACCACGUCGUAAAUGUGAAAUAUGCUCUAAGCAGCAUUCAUACGGCAAUAUCUUUGUGUUGCAUUGUAAUUGUAAAAUAUGUUAUGAUUGUUUUGCGAAUGAAGUCAAUCGACAACGAACGAUGACAAAUGAAUUGCUUACUUGUACACUCUGCCGUGCUUCGAUCAAACGUAAUGAUCUGGCUAAUUUACGUUUACCACAGGUGGAGAUUGAUGCCAUACAAUUGUAUCAGCAAGGAAAACUAUUUGAAUUGGAACAUGCGGUGCAUUUCAGUCAACAAAGAAGUACUAAUCAGGCCGACAAUAAUACGAAUGACAAUGAUGAUGAUUCCGAUUUUGAUAUUUUACUGAUAAAUCAACAGCAAUGUUUACCUAAAUACUGGACACUGCCAAUGUUAAUGAACUUUUCUCGUCAUACACUUGAUCCACAAUCUACAGAGUAUAAAUUUGUAUUGGAUAAAUUUACAAACAGCUGGACUCACCUUGCAAAUCAACAAGCAGCUCUCGCUCCAAUGACUUUAACUCAUAAUCCUGCGAUACCUGCGCACCAAUUGCCACCCUCAUACUCAUCAGCCCCUCUUAUGCUACCGUUAACGAAUCAACAGCCUGCAAUUCGUCAAAGACAACUAACGCAGCCAUUCAGACCUAUAGCGCCAGUUUCUAGCAAUCCAAAUAGUACAGCUGUUGUAAAUCCAAUGGCACUACCAUCAAUGAUGACAGUACCGGUCGCAGGCAAUCAGAUCUCUCCACAGGCGCCAUAUUUCGGACAUCCGUGGCCACAAUCAAUGUUCCAACCAUCGACAGCACCAAGUGUCCCUCAAACUCAUUUCCAUGCACAGGCGCAACCAUCGUCAAUCCCAAAUAUUCCUCAAGCUCAUUUUCCUGCACAGGUGCAUCCAUCGAUUCCAGUUCCAUAUACUCAGACAAAUGUUUACAACCAACGUCCGCUGGUGCAUGCUCGUCGACAAAUGUCAAGACCUUCUCUUCCUGGUACUAAUCCACCAACAAUUAUACAAAUCGAACGCAUACAAAAUCAACGAUGGUUCAAACAAUAUUCAGCACACGAUUUUGAAUUCCGACAAAAACUAGGCAAACAAACUGAACAAUGGUUAUUUCACGGCUGCGACGAACAAGCAUCGAGAAAUAUCGAGAUGGAAUGUUUUAAUCGUUCGUACGCUGGUCAACGUGCCGUUGCUUAUGGGCAAGGUAGUUAUUUUGCACGCGAUUCAACAUAUAGUCACAGCUACGCUGCACCUGAUCGCAAUGGGAUUCGACGAAUGUUUCUUGCUCGGGUUCUUGUUGGUAAUACAGUUCAAGGGAAUUCAUCAAUGCGUGUACCACCCGCAGGUUUUGAUACAACUGGUGAUGGACACAGUAUAUUUGUAACCUAUCAUGAUUCACAAGCAUAUGCUGAAUAUCUCAUAAGUUAUCGAUGA